AAAGGUCGACAUCUGAUAAAACCUUCUCUUAUAGUUGCUCCAGAUGGGUAUAUACUGGCUAUUCAGGGUCCUUACUUUUCUGAUUCUCGUAACAAUGAUGCUCGAAUAUUAAAUAAUGAAUUUCAACGUGAUGCGGACAAUAUGAGAGGAUGGUUUCAUGAUGGUGACAUUUUUAUAUUAGAUCGUGGAUAUCGAGAUGCUCAGCCAUUACUUCGUGAAUUAGGCAUUGAGUAUAAAAUGCCAGCUUUUCUUGGACCUCAACAGAAACAAUUAUUCACUGAAGAAGCUAAUGAGUCUCGAUUGGUGACAAAAACAAGGUGAAUAAUUAAAACUAGAAAUGGACAUAUCAAGUCUACGUUCAAGUUUUUUGAUCAUACAAUUAUAAUGCCUCAUCUUCAUCACUUGGGCGAGUUUUAUAACAUUGCAGGUGCUAUAAUUAAUAGAUAUCAUCCUUUAGUUUUAAUGGAAGAAGCUAAUGCAGGAUUAGCAAGAGAACUUCUUGAUAAAUCUAGAGAGGUUAAUAUUGUUCAAGCGCGAGUUGAAGUAGAAAGGAUGUGCUAUAGAAAUGCACAAUGGAUACAUUUACAUGAAGGACAGUUACGUGACUUUCCACGCCUAACAUUAGAAUAUUUACGAGAUUUGACUAUUGGUACAUUUCAGGUUCGUCUAGCAAGAUCUUAUAUUCAAGAUAAGAUGCAGCGUGAUGCACAAGAAGAAUUUCAAUUGGAUUCGUUGUUUGAUGAACAAGGUUUCAUAAGGGUGCGAGUGUUUUCACGAUUCCGUAAUGCUACAAAACAUCAAAUAUUUAUAGCUUACAACAUAAGAGAUGCAGAUAAUAUAGAUGAUGAGAGGGAGGCGAUUUUUGGUUAUUACUGCACCUGUAAGUCAGGCGCACGGACUGUGGGUACAUGUGCACAUGUAACCAGCGUAUUGUGGUAUUUAGGAUAUGCACGACACCAGCCCAAUGUUCGUUAUCCCUCUUCAUCAUUAUUGAACACAAUAUUAGAUGCCGCUCAGAGACCACCAUAG